CACAAGAAUACAGCGCGUCAGGCAAGGGAGUGUGAGCACAGACAGAGGGCCCUUUCUUAUACAGACAGGGUGGGCAGGGCAGGGAGAAGUGACUCUGCCCUGAGAGAGUGACACACACACAGAGAGAGGAAGAGAGAGAGAGAGAGAGAGAGAGAGAGAGAGAGAGACAGAGAGAAAGAGAGAGAGAGGCAGAAAGAGCGUGAUUCAAUACAGACCAAGUAUGGGGCAAAAUUGAGAGCUUAGAGUAUAUCAACAAAAAGCAGCAGCUGAUAUUGAAGAGGAUAUACAAGGAAGAGGAAAGGAGGAAGAGGAGCUUUACUGGCCUGGACUUCUAAAGUGUUUGCCGUUCAACAGGUACUGUGACGUACCAGAUGAUACGUUUCUGUUCAGUCACUACUCAGUGCCAUUCUACAGCAUGACUCUUUUAGACAAUCUCUCAGAGCCAGAGGAGAAUGGAUUAAAAUAGACAGGAGACUUCAGAGGACCUGAGGUAGAAUCCCCAAAUCCCAAAAGAGGGACACAAACAAACUACUCUGAGAGGCAGACUCCAUAGACCUUCCCAUUGUAGCAAGGAAAGAUCGGAAUCAUUACAGCAACUGAAGGAUUUCAAAGGAAAACGUCCAUCUCUCAUAAAACAAUUGAUCUUUGGUCUUCAAACUUUCAUAAAUAAUGCUUUGGUCUUUAAACCCCCAGAUAAAGCACUUAAGGAAGGAGGGGAGGAUAAAGAGAUUCUCCCUGCAUCAAUGAAUUUUCCAGUCUCUUGCUAUCCUCCCUUGGCAUGUGCUACUAUAUCAGCAACAUCUUCACUAUCAAGAGUUCACCAGCACUAGAUCAGGGUCAAAUCACCAUAGAAACAAUCCCCUUCCUGGUAACAGCAACACCCUUGGCUGACUAAUUCAAUCAUCUAUCCUUGUUGGCUAUUGUGGUUGGCUUCUUCAAUAGAUGACCCUCAAAAGGAGUUGCUAAGACACUGUCAGUGAACCAUGAAGGAAGACAUCUUGGAUUUUUUCAGUGACUUGUGGAAGGUGGCCACCACCAAGCAUGACCAGGGGAUCUACAAUACAGUCUGCCUGGUGGUGCUGCUAGCCCUGCCUAUGGUGGUGCUCUUCACUUCUCUGGUGGUGUGCUGCCACUGCUGCUGCUGUAGCCGGGCCAACUCCACUGGUUGCUGCAGAGACAGCCCAAGCUCAGACACAGCAAAAUCAGACAAAAAGAAGAAGAAGAGUCCCAAAAAUGAGGAUUUGUGGAUCUCGGUUAAAACAGGACCUAUGACACCAGACAGGGUUGCCCUGACGAUGGUGUAGUAGUCGUGACUGAUGUUCAGAUAAGGUUUCAUUCUUUUGUAUUUAUAUGAAGCUCUUUUUUACUGCAAGGUAAAAGGCCUUAGCCUUUUGAAGGCCCUAAGCGAUAUUUGUUUUUAAGUUUUAAAGUUAAUUUCCUGCAAUUCUACAAAUUUUGCCAUGGGGUGUACAGAAAAUAUUGCAGUUUUAAAUCACCUUUUUGCAGUUCUCCACAUUUUGCCAUGGUGCAGAAAUAACUUUUUGCAAUUUUAUAACACAUUUCAUACCAUUCUACACAUUUUGCCAUGGGGCAGAGAUACAUUUUUUGACCGUUUGAAAGCAACUUUCCUACAAUUCUACACAUUUUGGCAUUAUUUAAUGAUAUCUGAGUGAGAGUGACUAACAAAAUCAAUGAGGGCCCCAUGGAGGUCAGGGCCCCUAGGCACGUGAACUACGUGCCCAGUCGGUAUUCAGCCAUGAUUACUACAGGUUUAGAUAGCUAGGUAGACUAACUACCAAUCUAAACAUUGUUAGCUGACAUGUCUAAUUGAGUGAUUGUCAGUGACUGAUAUCUCAAGAGUAAAAUUGCUGAUGCACAACCAAAUUUCGAACUUUCACCUUGUGUAUUAUACUAUUCUAACUCUCAACAGUAAGUGGAGUUUAGUUUUUUUUGGCGGGGGCCCCCAGCAGCCUGGGGUCCUAAGUGAACACAUGUCGCUUAUGCCUGGAGCCGGCACUGGUGUUCAAUAUGCUCCAUAGAAACUCUUGAAAGAGACUAAAAGAGCCAAUGAUAUGUGAUUGAUUGUGUGUGUGCGUGCAUGCAUAUGUGUGCCGGUGCAUAUGCACGUACGUGUUACUCUCAAACUCAACUCUGUACCUUGAAGCUAGUUCCACUGCAUUUUUUUUAUUGUUUCCUUCUAAUCACAGACUGAUUUAGACCUGAGACACCAGGUGUGUGCAAUUACCUAUCAGGUAGAACAGAAAACCAGCAGGCUCCAGACCUCAAAGGGUAAGAGUUGAAUACCCCUGUGUUAGAGUGUGCAAUCAACCAGAAGGUUGAGGACUGCUUUCUAUUUCCAAUGCUGGAGGCCAGCAAUCUAGUAUUGUGAUUCGGUUAGAAAGAUCAUAUUUUUUAUAGGUUAGACCAUUUCAAGUUCAAAGCACUUGCAGUUAUUGCACUUACAAUGUGAACAAUGUGAACUUAUGUAACUACUUUGAAAUCUUUUGCUGUAUUUGCUAUAUCCACUAAAUGGAGAUCUCAAUUCCAUUCACGAGUUGACUAUCAAUCGCUGAAUUUAAUAGAACGAAGUGAAGCACUGAGAUCUUUCAUUUACAUUCCCGUAGAGUAUGCUAAAGCUCAGUAUUGUUGAUGAAUGAAUGUUUCUACCCAACAGUUCCAUGUGUUACGCUACCUUAUGCUCAGAUUGCCAUGUGUACUGUCUAGCACUGUCCCUAUUGGUUCAUAAAAUCAUUAUGCGUUAUUAUUAUUAUCUCCAGGCUCUCAGACUUUGGGGUGCUAAGUGGAUCCUUCUUACAUCUUUAUCCCUCAGUGCCAAUAGCCAUCAUUUCACAUGUAGUGAUAUUUACUGGCAUAUCAUAGUUGAGGUACUACGCCAUCAUUCAGUAUUUUCUACACCAUUGUGUUGAUAAAACAUAAGUUGUGUGCAUAUGGGGCGGUGUAUGCAAAAUGCACACAUUUUGGGGCGGCAGGUAGCCUAGAGGUUAGCACGUUGGGCCAGUAGCCAAAAGGUUGCUAGAUAGAAUCCCUGAGCUGACAAGGUAAAAAUCUGUUGUUCUGCCCCUGAAAAAGGCAGUUAACCCACUGUUCCUAGGCCGUCAUUGUAAAUAAGAAUUUGUUCUUAACUGACUUGCCUAGUUAAAUAAAAUAAAAAUAUGUAUGCAAAUAGAAGUUUAUAAUUGAUUUACAAAUCCGGUGACAAAUCAGUUUCAUUUGUUAUAUUUUUUUAUUAUCCCUGUUUUAAGAUCCUUAUUUUGAGCCUAAUGGGCUUCUGUAUUAGUUAUUCACUAAACUUUGAUCGAGCCAAAUGAUGCAUUAGAACAUACAGGUAACUGCCAAAAUAAAGGAAACACCAACAUAAAUAGGACGUUGGGCCACCACAAGCAGCAAGAACAGUUUCAAGGUGCUGUGGCAUAGAUUCUACAGUCUGAAACUCCAUUGGAGGGACACAACACCGUUUUCCCACAAUAAAUUCCAUAAUUUGGUGUUUUGUUCAUGGUGUUGGAAAACUCUGUCUCAGGCAUGAUCUGGUGACUGAGACAUGCAUGCAUGCACACACACACGCACGCACGCACGCACGCACGCACGCACGCACACACACACACACACACACACACACACACACACACACACACACUUUAAACCCCCCCUAUGCUCCUUUGAGAACUCUCUUUCAAAGUCAAUGAGAUCUCUUCUUCUAGUCAUGCCAAAACAAUGGGAAACUGGGCAUUUUACAUAUGACCCUAAGCAUGAUGGGAUGUUAACUGCUUAAUUAACUCAGGAACCACACCUGCGUAAAAGUACCUGCUUUCAAUAUAAUUGGUAUCACUCAUGUAGGGCUUUAUUCAAUCAGAUCCACUUUAGCCGACAUCCAGAUAGCGGUUGUUUUGACAUGUCAGAGGUGGAACUGUGUUCCAGCUGUCAAAUCCACAAGCGGCUCCUGGCAUUAUAGCCUACCUAAAGUAGACAUUGCCAUUGACUGCACGGAGUCGCAUUAAGAUAAAUCUCAUGCAGCCCUGUUUACAAGUUUGAACACUGGAAUGUGAGAUGUAAUCUACACCUCGAUUAGGCUGAUAGAAAUCCUCAUUAUUUGAAUGAUUUUUGAUUUGAACAUCAUUAUUUUUGUAUAGCCUACACUCUCGUUUUGAACUUUUAAUGCAAGGGUGAUGGGUUACAAUGAUCAAGAGCAGCUGCUCUCCAAUUUGACAGCUCCAACGCGGUUACACCUUCGACACCGCCAGGACAUCAGUUAUGAGGGUGGCGGCUAUCGCCAGUUAAUGCUUGAUCUGAUUGAAUCUAGGCCUUACUCAAGUGUUUCCUUUAUUUUUUCAGUUACCUAUAUAUUCUGUCUGUUUGUUAUCACACAAGAAAUCGCUGAGGUGAUACAUUUUCAAGUUAUGAGCUCAGGCCACACGGGCGACUGCAUGAAUCAUUUAUCCUGUCAUUUGAUUUUACAAAACAGCUGGAGAAAAGAGGGACAAAAUAAAGUAUUUUUGUAGCUUUGUUGA